UGAGCUAAAGCUGAAGGAGACGGAAGCCAUCAUUUCGGUUGGAUUGAAGAUGUCGCCUUCUGAUGCUGUCUUUGACAGUCCUGUGAUAGUAACGAUGCCCCACUGCGGUGCAUUCACAAAGCCAAAGGAUGCAGAAGUCUUCAUCUAUCAUCGCAAGAACGAUUCUACAGAGUUUACUGCGAUUCGUUCUACCAGUACGAGUAGCCCAAGAUGUGUUGUGAGAGAUCGUGAUCUAGAUAUCUACCUAAACCACUUCUCACGAUUUCGGAUUGCUGCUAAAUUAACACGCAUAUUUAUUGGCAAAUGUGUUAUUUGUACACCAAUCAUUCCUGUGUCACCACCUAGAAAUCCCAUGCCUGUUUUUUUGGUUAAUGUCAGGGACCAAAACGUUGCAGAAGGACAGAUUUCAAAGAUUCGAGAAGGCUAUGAGGACCCGAUUGGUGGAGUGCCUUUCUUAUUCAUGUGGAGGUCAGGGGGAUUAAAAGUUACUUGUAUGGAAAGUACCUUGAAAGACAAGGCUAAGAUUAUCCAGGAAAGGGAAUUUCGUCACCUCACAGAGCACAAAGAAACGUUCGAAGUGGAUACACAAAACAUUACCGAGGAUAAAUUCAACUUGCACAUCACCCUAGAACAGAGCACAACGAAGACGUUCGAAGUUCCAAUGUCGUUAAAAGCUACGGUGAUAUCAGAGGGAGGAGCUUGCUCUCUUUUAACGUUUCCGACAUCAUCCCCAUCGGCUGCCAUUCAUCCUGCAAAAACAACCGACUCUGCUUCUUCUUCUAAAACAAUGGAAGUGACUGGUGCAAUGCUGAAUAAAUUGGCGAGUCACAUUCCACAGUCCGCGUACAUCAGUUUAAGCUAUGAGCUUGGAAUCGAGUACAACAACGCCCAAAGCAUACUCAGAAAGAAUGUCAAUGACAUCGAGAAAGCAGCGAGGGAAUGCCUUGGAAAAUGGAAAGAUAGAAAACAUCGUCAUGUCUGUGACCUACAUGAAGUUCUGGAGGCGGCUGACAUUGGUGGUUUAAUCAAUUCCUUAACUUAAAAGAGAAGGUAUCACUGUCGGGGUAACUCCACUUCGGCCUGCUACGCAUGCCCCACCCGUGUCCAUAAAGUGUUUUGAAAAGUGGUAUCACCUCCAUUUUAAGCUACCAGACAUAGGCCCAUGGAAAAUAUCCAAACCCCCACACUUUUCGCAAGGGGGGGGGGGUGACUUUUUCAAUCGCCCGGCCCCUCCCUUUCAAGACAAAAAGAAACUUAUUAAUCAUUAAAUGCCUGGAUUUAUCUUUAAAUGCCACAGAAGUGCUUAAACUGGCCUAAUUUUGCUUUCUAAAAAUGCAAAAUUCUCUUGCUUACUCU